UGAGCCUGGGGAGGGUGGGCACGGCUGGGCAGGGCUGGGCAGGACCAGACCCUGCAGCAGAGACCGGGGAAGGGCAGACAGGCAGACGGACAGACAGCGCCCGAGGCAGAGACAGCCCUGCGGAAGUGACGGACGGGGUCCCGGCUUCUCAUUCCUUUCUCUCCGCGCGCUCCGGAGCCAUGCAGUCUCCCAAACAAAGCCUGGUUUGCAACUUAAACCACGUUCACUUGCAGCACGUCUCCUUGGGGCUGCAGCUCUCCAAGCGGCCGGAACUUCAGGAAGAUGCCAACACCUUGGCGCCCUCCAGGGAACAUGCGGUCUGCCACGAAUGCGAGGAACAUGGCGGUCACCUGGUGCCAAACCUGGUGGACGCCAACUCCAACAACCCCUCCUUGACUUGCCGGUGUUGUGAGGCUCACCCAGUCUCGUCUGAGGUCAAGCGGGGCCUCCGGACGCCAUCUUCCUUGACCAACUGCCCAACUGUGAACCAUGAAGAAGAAGAAGAAGAGGUUGAGGAAGGAGAAGAGGAGGAUGAGGAGGAAGCAUCUCCUUCAGAUCCCACUUCUUCGUCCAUCAGCAGCUGCUCAGACCUCAGCCUGGACGAGUCUCCCGUCUCGGUGUAUUGCAAGCCGUUCCCUGCUGAACAGGCCCGAAGUCCAGAAAGCCAACCCAAUAUCGUCCCCUUGGAGGACACGCAGAAUGUUCUGGUCCACCCCCAAGAGAGAGGUCCAAACCUUAAUGCCCCCCUGGGUGAGCAUCCCGAGGCCCAUAUCUGGGACAGCCCAGAUAGUCUGUACAGCAGCAGCUCCCCAGAUUCUCCAUCUGACCACUCUCCUCCUUGUCCGGAAAGCCUAGUUAGGUCAUCCCAUGUUGGGUCCACCAAAGUUCCUCCUCUCGUUCCACCCCCUGUCCGCCCUUGCAGGGCACCUCCCGCGGUGCCGGUGGUCCCCCCGCGUGGCCCGGAGGUGGAUUCCAACUGCAAUGCUCUCCCAGCCCGUGAGGUCAAGCCCAACCCCAUCUCCUUGGGGCAAGUGGACAUCAACUCGAACCGGGCCACCGGACCAGUGGGCUCUCGUUUUGGAGGCGUGCCUCCUCCGAUUCCUCCUCGGACCAAGAGGGCUCUUCAGGGCUUGAAAAGAAGUGAAGGGGGAAAGCCAUCUCCUGAGCUGGUCCGUCCUGCACCAGUUGAGUCCUCGUUGCACCACCCCAGUGAACCCCAAGGAGAAACGCCUAAGAAGACCAUCACCUCCUUUCACGAGUUGGCUCAGAAGAGGAAGAAGGCAACCGUGGCGCCUCCACUUCUCCAGACCAAGAAGGACCAAAGCGAUUGGCUGAUUGUCUUCUCCCCGGAGACGGAGAUGCCCCCGUCUCAUCAACUCUCCUGGGCAACCAGGCAGGAAACCGCCAAGCCCCCCACUUCCUCCGGGGAGCCUUCACCUCCUAGCCUCCAACGCGGGGUCAUCACGUUCAAGGACCUCCGCUAUCGGAAGCAGAACAGCCAACUGGCCACCAAGGUGGGCAACCCAGGCCCCCAGCGGGAGAGUCCCGCUCAAGGGGUUCCCGACGGUCACUCCGGGCAAGAGUGGAACGACUCAGAGGCCGCAGCCCAUGGACAUUUGUGGGGCGCCAAGGAAAUCCCAGCCCGGAUGAAGAGGUCUCGGCUGGCUCUUCAGCCGAUUGUGGAAAGAGGCUGUGAGGAGGGAGAAGACGCAGCGGUCAAGCCGAACCCUCUCGGGAGACCCUUGGAGACGGAAGCCCAGGCGAGAUGGGGUCCUGACGCCUGCAGGAAGGCCGAGACGGGUGACACGCGGGUCCCUACGGCUCACCAGGUCCCCUCUCGGCCUCGGGGUCUCCUCGUCCCUUUGCCCCCGGCAAGGGGGAAGGCUGCUGGACCCGCUUCUCCACUUCCCCACCCUCACCGUUUGGAGCAAGUGGCCGAGUUGCCCUCUGACCCUUCGGCAGGGGCCUUUUGUCCAAGGCUGAAGACCUUGUCCUGCGAAGACGUUUGCCUCUUGGCGACCGCGCAGGGACCUAUUUUCGAGGCGGUGUCUCCGGAUCUCCCCAUCCGUCUCUCGCCCAUCGGGGCGUACUCCCCCCCAGCUCGGAGCCUGCUCCCCUUCCUCAACAGUCCUGAUCUGGCCGUGCUGUUCUCUCCUUUCUUCCCCUCAAGCAAAUCCUUCCCCAUCUUAGCUUUCCCCACCCACCAGGUGUCCGAGCUGUCACUUGGAGCCCGGGACCCCCUUGGAAAGCAGGGUGGAAAGGGUCCCUGGGGGAGAGUCUCUCAGGACACUAUGAGAGCCGAGGAGUCGGGAGCCCCUCGCCAACUUCGACAUUCUCAGUCCUUUGCUGGAGUCUCACUCCAAAGAUGCCCAGCGAGGACAGGAGACGCAGUCUCUACACAGCUUCGACAACAGAAAAAAGCACUGCUGGUGGCCGUCAGUGCUUCCGUGGACAAAAUCGUGGCUCACUUCAGCACCGCCCGGAACCUCGUUCAAAAGGCCCAGCUGGGUGACAGCCAGCUCACCCCCGAAGUGGGGCAUUUGAUCCUCCACACGCUCUGCCCCGCCUUGCACGCCCUGGUGGGCGACGGCCUGAAGCCAUUUCAGAAGGAUGUCAUCACAGGAUACCGGCCCAGCUCUCCAUGGAGUGUCGUCGAAGCUUCGGCCAGGCCGGGUGCCCACACCAGAACCUUCACCGCGUUGUACUGGCGUGUGUCACGGCUGGCCCCGCUUCGGAGUCACCACCAAUGUUUCCACGCUUUUAUCCUGGGUCUUCUGAACUUGAAGCAAGUGGAGGAAUGGUUCACACAGCUGCAAAGAAACUCAGAGCUGGUCUCCUCCCUGUAUUUGCCCACUGCCUUCCUGCUUCUAAGCCAGAGGAUCUGCCCCCGUUGGGCCGAAGAGCUCCUUCUCCUGCUGCAACCACUUUCGGUCCUCACCUUCCAACUGGACCUGCUCUUUGAGCAUCGCCACCUGCCCAUCAGCGUCCGGCCGAUGCCCCAGCCAAGCACCCCGUCUCCCGAACCCGGAGCCGGUCGGUGGGAGAGCCCCGGUUUGACCCCGCUGGAUUUAUCCGAGCCCCCGAUUCCUUUUGCCACUUUGGAAGAUGCUUUCUUGGCUCCCUCCAGCCCCUUUCAGGAAUGGCUCCUGCCCCAGAGACUUCUGGGCUGGAAGGAGCGGCUGGCAAGCACCCUCCGUGGCAACGGGAGCCCGGCCUGGGCCCAGCCCGGGCAGGAGGAGAGCCCAGCCCAGCCGCCGAGCAGGUGGACCAAGCUGUGGGUGGCCAUUAAGGAGAGCCGGACGGCAGCCGGAGAGAGCGGUGCCAGUGCCGAAGAAUGCCCCAAACUUGGCAAAAACGACUCCCAGGUAGAAAAACGGUCGUCCGUCUGCAAGGAAGACGCCCCGGCGGCAAGGAGCCCCUCCCAGCCGGGAAUGGAUCCCCCUGAGGCAGGAGAAGUCUAUCUGGAAGGAACCGAGGAGAAACCGGAGGCUGGAAACGGGAACGAAAGACGGCUGGACUGGCUGUUUGGAGCGAAUUCUCCCGGGGCUGUGAACGAGACGGAUCCGAAUCUACUUCGGUCCAGCAGGCGCCCUUCGAGAUGGCUGUGUUCUGCCAUUAACACGCUGGCCUUCGCGAAGAAGGGGGGGCCGACCCAGAAGACCUGGCAAAAGGCAGAGGGGGCACAGAAUCCCCCAGACCCAGUACAGACCUACACAGCUGUGCGGGCCCUCUGUGACCACGCAGGUGAGGCUGCUGGACACCUGGCCUUUUGCAAAGGGGAGAUCCUGCAAGUGAUGGAGACGGUGGAUGAAAACUGGCUGAAGUGCCUCUCCGGAGGCCGGCAAGGCCUCGUCCACGUGGGCUACACUUCCCUGAUCAUCUGACGGGGGAGGUCCAGGCCAGGAAGAAGGUGAUCCAAAGGAAGGAGAAUCCAGCCGACCCUCCAAACUGUUUAAAACAACAACAACAAAUUACAAAGCAGCUAAGCUUCCCGGUACAGCCAAAGCAUCACCAAAGGUUAUUUGCAAUGACUGACAUGGAAGAUUUACACUCUUUUGAAAUUCUUCGCUCUGCUUUUUCAAACCUGGUGACCUGGAACUGGCCCAUCCUCCCCGUCAGAAGCUGGCCAGGGAUGAUGGGCUACCCCAGGACCUGGAGUAUUUGGGGGGGGGGGAGCUGGACCAGUUUCCACUUUUUCCCCGCCUGGAAUUUCUGAUUUUUAUCUAUUUUAUUUAUCGCCCCCUCGUCUGCUGCACAGCCCCAGAAGAGCGUUUCCUGCAAUGUGUAUAUUGCAUAUACCUGUGUACAUAUAGAGAAAUUGAUAUAUACAUAUAGAUAUAUAGAUAUAAUAUACAUAUAUAUAUAUAGUUUAAUCUUUUUCGGUAGGCUCAGUUUGACCCCUUCUGCUUCUAAAGCCGGAGGGAAUGUCCUUUCAAAUUUAUUGAUCAGAAUUUUGGCUUCCAAUGGAUACUUCUCAUCCAGGCUAUUGAUUUUUUUUUUUUUUUUUAAAUGACGAAACAGAAAAGAAUACAGACUUGCAACCGUUAAUUGAGCGACUGUUUGAAGUUACAACGACACCGCAAAAGUGGCUUAUGACCGUUUUUCACAUGUACGGUACAACCACUGUAGCAUUCCCCCCGAGUCAUGUGAAUCAAAAUUCAGACUGCUUGGCAAGCGAUUCGUAUUUAUGACGGUCGCAGCGUCUCCGGGGGGGGAUGUCACGUGAUCCCCCUUUGUGACCGUCUGCCAAGCAAAGUCAACGAGGAAGCGGAGGGCUGUCGGUAUUGCUAGGGUUAACUGGAAGAGAAGUAUCUAAGGAGCCUAAUUUUUUAAAUUAUUAUUAUUAUUAUUUUUUGGCCACUGCACGCUCUUCCCAAACGAUCUUGUCCGUUCGUCCCAUCCGGAAUCAGCCCUCUUUCUGCUUUCUAGAAGAUGACCUGUACAUUGGAGAGGGAAAUAAAAAUAUCGUUCAGACAAUAUUGGUGAGCCAAUUUAACCAGCAGUUGUGUUAUCUGGAUUGCUUCUGGUCCGAAGGCCUGCCUAAAGAAAGAUGGACGGGGAGGAACAAGCUAGGAUGUUGCAUACUGCCCUCUGUUGCCCUCUGUUGCUAGGAAUCAGCUGUGGCCUGCUGGAGAAUUUUGCUUUUAAUUUGCUUUUUCCUCUCUUUGCAAUGUUUGAGAAAUGAAUCUGAAUUCGGAUUGUAUGACCUCACGAGAUGUAUCUUUGGCUCCCUCUGAUGGUAAGGGGUGAAAAUAACACCUUUUUAAAAGCUUUGCCUCUCAAUUUUGAUUACUUGGAAGAUGGGAGACUUCAACUCCCAGAUUCCCCCAGCCAGCCUGCUUUAAGAGGGGUGGACUUCAACUCCUAGAAUCCCCCAGGUAGCAUACUUUACAACUGUCCCCAACUUAUGACCCAGUGUGGACUUAAGGUCGACUACCUGUAGUUUAGUUCAGUCUUUCCACCUUAGCAACUGUAAGAUGUGUAGACUCCAUCUCCCAGAAUUCCCCAGCGGUCCAGUUCAACCCCAGAUCCACAGCUCAAUCAGGAGCUUUUAAGUUUUAGGAUGAAAUAAAAUAAAUUACAGCUUCAUCUUUGAAGGCUGAACUGCGAGAGGCUUGAUAAAACUCUCUGAAAGCUAGCACGUCAGGACGGAAUACGUCUCUUCCUGCAAUGCUAGCUUUCUAUCUCUUGAGGUUUUAAAAAACACACGUUAAAAUAGGAACAUUUGCAUUCUUUAUCCUCCCUGUUAUCCUCCUUUCUACCACCUUCUGUGAAACGCAGCAUCAAGAAAAGGAGUUUAUUGUUAUGCAUUUCCCCAAUUUUGUGGAAGGAACGUUGAAUUAACACGCUUAUUUUCGUCUCCCGGAUAGGAUUCGCACGCCAGGUUGAAUUUUUCUGCCCUAAUUUUUACACUUAGGGGUGGGGUUAUACGGGGUCUAAAUGAACCGUACAUGUAUUUCUUGGAAAAUUUUUCAAAAGUGGAAAAAAUAGGAACGACACCGCUGAUGGCAAUGCUUUUGCAAGGAGUUGCAAUCGGCUUGUCCUAAUGCAAAGUUGGGGCCGUUAAGAUGUCAUAAUGAGUUGUAAGAACGGCUCCUUUUAAGCUAGAAAUUUAGCCUCUAAGGGGUGGAGUUUUUUUAAAAAAUUGGGCAGGGCUGAGUUACUCCUCGCUUAGCGUGGAAAUCCUGGUCCCGAUUGUGGACGUAGACCGAGGACUCCCUGCAUGUAAGUGCGAAGAGAGGACAGAGGCUACGGCCAUGGAUUUACAAUCGGCCUCCUUGCCAAAAUGCAAAGGAUGCGAGCAGCACGACGGAGAAACUUUGGCUUAAAUUCACCCAGUAAAAGGAACAGUUUUCCAUGGAUUAACAGCUCUGUGUGCUAUGUAUAUGUGUAUGUACACUUGGAGAGCAAGCAACUAAAUUUCAUUUUUAAUGUGUGCCAUUGUGCCCACAGUAAAAAAAUGACAAUAAAGGUUACCUAUUAUCUAUCUAUCCAUCAUCUAUAUUUAUCAAUCAUCUAUUAUCUACCUACUUACCUACCUCUAUCAUCUAGCCAUCUCUUUGUCUACCUAUCCAUCUCUAUGUCUACAUCAAUCUCUUACCUAACCAUCUGUAUCUAUAUCUACCUAUUAUCUAUCUACCUACCUACCUAUACCUACCAACCUAUCCAUCUCUAUAUCUAUCCAUCCAUCCAUCCAUCCAUCCAUCCAUCAUCAAAAUUCAGACGCUUGGCAACUGACUCAUAUUUACGACGGUCGCAGCAUCCCGGAGUCACGCGAUGUCCUUUCUCGACCUUCCGACCAGCAAAGUCAACGGGGGGCAGCCCGACUUGUUUAAUGAGCGUGUGGCUAACUUCACAACUGCAGGGAUUGACUGUGACAACGGUGGCAAGCGAAGUCGUAAAACGGGGCAAAACUCACUUAGCAACGCUCAACUGCGGUCGUCAAGUCGAGGACUACCUGUAAUUUAGCUCGUUCGGUUUUAACGAAGCCUCCCCAAAGGGAGGUCAAAUGGCAGCUAAAACUGGGAGGAAACGGAGAAUUAGCGAACGCUGAAAAACAAAUACAAAAUGAAAACACCUUGAAACCGUAAAUAGGAAACAUGUUUUUUUUUUUUUCCAUUUAAUACUAGAAUCUCUCAAUAUCUGAGAUGCAGGCUUUUUUUUUUAUGCAAUUACAUCCAAUGUUAAAAUUGGUAAUACAUAAUUUACAAAGAUUAACAUCAAAACAAUGGUCUAUUUAGAUAUGCUUUUGUAAAAAGGAAAUAUAUUAGCAGCAAUUCUUCUCAGCAACCACACGGCCUGUCCCAUGCAGACUAAAAAGAGUUUUGUUAUUCUCCACUUUGCCACAAAUGUAGUGCUUUUUUCUUUUUUUCUUUCAUUUUUUUUUAAUUUUAACCUGGGCUUCUAUCAGCAAUCAGGGUGUGAAACCACGGUCUGUCUCCUUUUAAUAUUCAUACAAAAUAACCUUCCUUCCCCUCUUCCCACCCCACUGUUUUAUUUUAUUUUUUUCGUCGUAAAAAGUCAGCAAUUCUCUACAACCGGUUUGAAGAAAAACAAAGCAAAAAAAAAUCGUUUUUUUGAUUAAAAAUAAAGAAAGGGGGAAAGGAUGGGGGGGAGAAAAAAAGAGGGGGGAAAAGCCAACACAAAUUCUUCGCACUUCUCUAGAAUUUGAUUGUCUAAAAAUCAUCGCCUUUUUUUAUUUAUCUAUUUAUUUUACUUACUCUUUCAACAAAAGAAAGAUUUCUUUUUUUUUCACAAAAAAAUGGCAAAGUUUUUAAGUAUCUCGCAUAUCACGUCUGAGCACUCUUUAUUUUUUUAUUAUUUUUUUUAAAAUCAACAUUAUUAUUAUUCUCUUCUCUCCAUCAUCGGCAACAUCAAACAUUAUUAUUAUUUUCUCUUUUAAAAAAGGACUUUUUUAAACCUCUUUUUUCUUUAGUGUUUGACACCAUUUCGAGACAAAUCCCCCCCCGUCAGCUCCCAUUUUCGAACUCGUCGGCACAACUCCAAAACAAAUUAUUUUUUUUCCCCUUAAUUUUUUUAAAACAUGCGAUUUUUGUGGUUUGUCCCGCCCGCCCGCACGACACAACGUUGAGUAUUACAUACUCUGGAGUUCUGCUAUACAAUCGCUUCUCUACAGUAAGAAAAUAUUCUGAACAGUUCUCCUCUUUUGCCUUUUUUUGCUUUUUUUUUUUAAUAAAAUAUUUUCUUUUUUCUUUUUCCUCAAAGGGCUGUCGUUAUUUUUCCUCCUGUUUAAUCCCUCCUGAUCCCGGGGGGGGGGGAACCCCUCUCUCUUUCCCCCCACCAAACCCCCCCUUUUUUAAACCGUUGAAAUCCUCAGGUUUAAUAAAUGGAAUGGCGCCGUGGGUUUUCGUUUGGUUUGUUUGUUUGUUUUUUCCUCCGUUGUCGUUUCAAAACUAAGAUCAAAACAAGAAUUAUAUAGUCAAACGAGAAAAUGUACAGUGGUUGGACCAUGGUCCUUCCAGAAGAAAACAUGGAGAGAGAGAGAGAGAGAGAGAAAGAGAGGGAGGAAGAAAGAGAGAGAGUUACCAUAUUGCUUUACAAUCACACGAGAGAGAAGGGAAAAAAAAAA